AUGGCAGGCCAAGAGCCACGCCUCAAGGAUGGAGUGUCGAUGAGGCCGACCCCUGUUGGUGAAGAGGACACCUUGAAACCCAUCAAGGGUAAGAAAAGGAAGAAGGAUGCCACGGUCUUGACUUCGACUGCUAUAGCAAGUCCUCUGACCGAGAACGAAGGUGAUGAUGAUGAUGGUGUAUGCCCUUUGGUACAAGGGGCGAGACGAGGCGAAGAUGCUCCGCAAGAUACCGGGCGGGAGGCCGCCGAAUCGGGGGCGGCCGAUUUAGACCAGACCCGUGCUGAGGAGACCCUCGAGGAGGGCUCAGGGGGCUCGGAGACAGUCCCCGAGUCUCAAGUCAGACAUGGUACAGUCCGCGCUAAUGAACCCGCUGCUAGUGACUCCAAAGGGCCUGAACCCGAAGCUUCUUGCGGGCAAGAUGAGGCCCUUAAAGAAAUUAACACCCUGAGUGGCCUUAAUUUGGGCCUUGAAUUCCCACCGGGGGGAGAUCAGGGAUGCUCAGGAUCAGCAUACCGCUGGCUAAGAAGAUAUAUGACCAUGCCUUCUCUAUGCUCCAAGGCGAGCUUUCAUGCUAUAGGGCAAAAGGAUGCCGCCAUGGGGCGACUUCAGGAAGAGGCUACAGCCAAGGAUGCGGAGAUCAUUGUGCCGAGGGGGCAAAAUGAGGGCGUGGCCUCGGAAAGAGACAAUUUGCGGUCGAAGCUGGCAUCGACCCGGGGUCUCCUUCAAAGUGCCCAAAAGGAGGCUGCUGCAUUAUUUGCGGCCAAGUCUGAGGCCGAAGAGGACACAUCUUCAUACAAGAAAGAUACCGCUACUGCGAAUGAACGAGCCCGAGAAAUAUUGAAGAAAGCCAAGCACAAGCUGGAUAGGGCAGUUGCUUACGCUCGUGCAGAGGCAAGGAGGCAAGCUUUCGAGGAAGUAAGUGCUAAAGGCACUGAUCUCUCGGCUGAGAUUGAGGAAGCCUUAGAUUUGGAGGAAAAGUUGGCAUUUUCGGCUACUUCGGAUGAGGGUUCUGGAGACGACCUGGAGAGCAGUGACGGCGAAGAAUAG